AUGUAUGCAUUGCCGACUAGUGCUGACCGUGCCGGUCACCAGUGCGUACCGCCUGGCCCGGGUAUAGAUCCUGCUGCUCUUACUGCUGGUACGACUGCUGCUCUGGGUGCUAGUGUAUCUCCUGCUCCAGGUACAGGUGCGGCUGCUGCUCUAGGUGCUAGUGAGUCUGCUUCCUCAUGUGCGACUGAGUCUGCUCUCUCAGGUACCGCGUCGGCUCCGGCCUCUCACACCUUCACCCUUGACUCGGGGGCUUCCAGCUCCUUCUAUCGAGACUGCACCACACUCACGCCGCUUGGUCGGCCAGUUGCUGUCUCUCUGGCAGACCCCUCUGGGGGCCCUGUCCUUUCUCACUUCUCCACUGUCCUCCUGUGUCCGGCGGCCCCCUCUGGCACCCUGUCUGGUCUUUACCUCCCCUCGUUCUCUACGAGCUUGGUGAGUGGUGCUGACCUGCAGGAUGCGGGGGUUCACCAGUUCACUCCUGCGAGUCAGCAGGUGACCCACUGCACGGACGCUCGGACAGGCCAACACCUGGCAACCUUUACUCGUCGCCCGGGGUCAAGCGUGAACACACUGACCACUACGUCUCCUCCAGUUGCUGAGCCUGGUAGGGGGCGCCAGCGUGCUGCCCCUCACUCCUCCCAGUUUCCUCAGACAGAGGCCCCGUUGCAGACGCUUCACAUGGACGUGUGGGGCCCAGCCCGCGUCCGUGGACAGGGUUACGGGCGCUACUUCCUGCUAGUUGUUGACAACUACUCACGUUACAUCGCAGUCUUCCCCUUGCGCAGCAAGGGUGAUGUCGCUGAGAGGAGGAGAGUUCUCCUCUGGCCUUCUGCGAGCCUACUGUCGCGCACAAGGCAUCCGUCAGACCUUCACGCUUCCGGACUCUCCGCAGCAAAAUGGGAUUGCUGA